AUGGUAUUUGUCACAUUUCCAAAAAAAAAAAAAUAAAAUUCAGAAUAAGCAUUGAGCAAAAUAUCACUUAAGCAUAAAAUAAUUAAUUUUUGUAGUAAGAUUAUACCUGAAACAUUUAAAACAUAAAAGUCUAACUUAAAUACUCCUAACUCAGAAUUAAAGUAUAGAAUCUAAAAAGAAUAGACUGUUACUAAAUUGGAUACAAAUAUCAGAAACAGCACAGAAAACAGUAAUAAUAACUAGAUCAUUUAUAAAAAACUAGAAAAUAGUGGAUUGGUUUUUAAUUUUGUAAAUAAAAAAUUUUAUGAUCAGUUUCAAAUCAAAGAGUGGGUAGAUACUUAAAGAAAAAGUAUCUCUGAAAAUACAAUUAAUAUGAAUUUCCAAUACUCCUUUGCUGAUCUAAUUCAUAUGGAAGAUUUUUAACAGUAAAAGGGAAAUUGGAUUUGCUCUGAGUCUCCUUUACACUAAAUAUUAUUCAAUAAUAUAUUUAAGAAUAUUAUUGUUUCACACCCUAAUCCAAGCCAAAACGACUCCAAAACAUUUAUGGAUUUAGAUAAUACUGCUGAUUUUACUUAAAAUUCCACAGAAUCUACCUGCACCUUAAGCGACUAUUUGAAGUAAUUUAUAGAAGAUAAAUAGAAUGGAGAAAAAGAUGGCUUAAACAAUUUUAUUACGAAUCAAUCUUCAAAAACAAAAAUAUAAAAAGAUCAAAAUAAUUAGUAAAAUACAAAAUAAUAUUAAAAACCACUAAAAUAAUUAAGCUGUUUCUAUAGGUAGCUAUCACCUACUUUUUUAUUGGGAUAGUAACAACAAUAGUAAUCAUAACAAAUGUAACCAAAAGAAAAUAUUUAGUCUACUUAAGAUAAUAAUAAAUAGGAUAAUUUAUAAAUUAAAGAAGAUAUCUGCAAUGUUGCUGAAGCUAAAGAUUAUGUCCUUGAAAAUCAAAAACCUUAAAAUUAAUAUUAAAAAAAUAAAAAUAACUCAAUUUAAGAUUAACGCUCAAAAAUAAUUACAGCAAAUUUUGGAGGAGAAGAUAGGUAGAAUCUUAAUACUUAAAAUACAGUUGAUGUAGAAUAAGGUUAAGCCAAAUUACUUUAGUCAGAGAAAAGGAGAAACGCAAGUAAUGAUUUUAAAAAGCAUGAGAUAAGCAUAAAUUCUCAUAUUAAUAAUAAUUGUGAUACAACUAAGAAAAAUUAACAUGAAAUCAUCUGUGCUUCUGAAGAUACUUAAAGGAAUACAGAGAGAGAAAUGCUACUUCCAAGCUAAUCAAACCUAAAAAACUUAAUUAAUCACAUUUAAAAAAAUAAAUAAUCUGAGGAUAGACAUUAAUAAAGGCAGGUUUCUUUUCAAAACAGUCAAACUGAAAAUAAUAACUAAUAGCAAAACUAUUAAUAAUACAACAAUCCUUCAGAUUAAAAAUAACAAAAUGGGGUUAAGCAGGUAGAUAACAUAGAUGGUAUAGUUAUAAAUAUUAUUGACAAUUAAAAGUAAGAAAAUUGUUAAAAUAGUAACUUUUAAAAACUGGAAGACUAGAGGAAUAAAAAUAAUUAAGUAUAAUAGCAAGAUAAUGCUUUCUUUUUCGAUACAUAAAUGGUGAGAUGUCUAUGGGGAAACGAAGAAGGAAUUUUGCUCAUUUUUAAUGAUAUUAGCUUAAAAAUAAUUAAUGAAAAAUUACGUGAGAUAGAACGAUUUAAAGAUAAAAUGCUUUCGACUGUUACUCAUGACUUAAAAACUCCUUUAAAUAGCAUAAUUAUGAUCCUUGAAAACAGCUUUGAGCUAGGAGGACUAAAUAAAAAAUAAAGAAAAAUUAUUUUAUAAAAUUCUUAGAUGCUUAUGAGCUUAAUUAAUGAUAUUUUAGAUUAUUCAUAGCUGAGGAGAGAUAAGUUCAGGCUAAUUAUUGAAGAAAUAUGUUUAACUUAGUGUAUUCUUGAUGUACUUGAUUUGUUUGAAAUACAAGCUGAGUAGAAAAAUAUUAACAUCAGUGCUAAAUUCAUUAAUUUACAAUAAGACUAUAUUAUGCAAGAUGAAAGAAGAAUUAAACAAAUACUCGUUAAUUUGAUAGGAAAUGCUUUGAAAUUCACCUAACAAAAGGGAAAAAUAGAAGUCAUAGUUAAGUAAAAGUAUAUUGAUUGCAUUCAAAUCUCUGUAAAGGAUACAGGAACAGGUAUAUCUGAAUAAAUCCAAAAAAAGCUUUUCUAAUUUUUUAAUACUUUUGAUCACUCGGAAAGAGCAAAUAACAGACAUGGAAUAGGAUUAGGAUUAGCUAUUUGUAAAUAAUUAAAUAAUUAGCUAGGACCUUGGCAUGAGAUUAAGCUUAAAUCUAAGGUAGAUUAAGGAUCGAAAUUUACUUUUUGUAUAUACACAAAUUUAGUAGAACAUCAGUAAGUUGGUCAAUAAUACAACAAUUAAAUAUCACCACUAAAAUCUAAGGCAAAUUAUGAUAAUGCACACUUUUUCAUGACAAGCAGCAAGUAAAAGCUAAGAGAUUAAAGUAAAUUAAUAGUAGAAGGCUAAAACUAGCAUUUAGGAGAUGUAACUUUUACAGAACCAUUAAAAAAUCAUAUAAGCAUACAUAAUAGCUAAGUAAAUGUUUAGAUAGUGCCUUCUCCAGUGAGCAUAAAUAAACUAACUCCUUAAGCUGGAAAGCAAAGCUAAUUAUUGUAAAGUAUAUCUCCUUAUUCUUAAAAAAAUGAGAAUGGAAUAGAAAAAUCUCAAAAAUCUGAAUUUAACACUCAACAAGAAUUAAAAAGUAAAAGUUAAAAUAGUCCUAAAAACAUGAAUCACUUAAGCUAAGAAGUAAAAACAGAUAAUUUAUAUAAUAAGAAUAGCAUUUCAAAACCUCUCUCAAGAGAAAUUUAAUCUAAUUAGGUGCAAAGAAAAGUAGGAAACCAAAAAAUAAAUUCUAUGAUUGUUUUAAAUUCAUAAUAAUAAUUAGAAUAGCAAAACUCAACAUCUUUUAGUAAGUAUUUAGAUCAAAAACAUUAAUUACUCUUACCUUUAAAAAGAUCAAUAAAAAGAGAUUAUAUUAUACUGAAAGGAAGUAGACAUAAGUUAUUAAAUUAACAAAGAGCAUAUUCUUUAAAGCUGCAAACUGAAGAAGUCAAUCGAAGAAAGAAGUCACUUCUCUUUUGUAAAUCUUAAACUAUAGAUGCAAGAAAAAAUUCAAAACGAUUAACACACAUUUAGCAAAGUAUGGCAAACUAAGUCGAGGAAUAACAGAAAAACAAUAAGUUUUGCUCAGAGAAUUGCUUGUUACACUCUUUUUCUCAUAAUCCUAAUCAAAAAUUAUAGUCUGAUACAAAUAGUUGCCAACAACAUUAACAAAGCUUAGGAUAUUAAUUACCAGAAAAUGUUAUAUCUAGCAAAUUAAUCAGGAUUGGAAAUUAAACUUAAACUACUUUGAAUUUCAAUAACUCCAUAAACAUUUCAGAUUAUAAAAAAAUAGAUAAGAGAAACAAAGAUUCCUGCUGUUUAAAUUAUGCAAAAGAUCAGUUUUGUAUGUAAGGACUGUAAGAUUUCAAUAAAGCUUUUAAUGAUGACUAAGCUCAAAGGAAAAAAACAAAAAAUAUGUUUAUUCGAGUAGCUCCAAAAUUCUAAGAAUAAUAAUCUUGUAUAAAAUAAAAUCCAUAACCAAAGUAAGAUUUAUAAGAAUCAUCUUUUGCCUUAGAGCAUCGUUUAUCAGAAAAUUUUGGUGAAAAUGAUGAACUUUAUAAAAAUUAACAAACAUUUAAAUAUUAAGAAAUAAACAUCCACCAAUAAAUUGACAAAUAACACAAUCUCCAAAAUCAAAGCAAGAGCUUUCAUGAUAUAUAAAUAGCUUAAUCAAUUCCUGAAUUGUAAAAUUAAGAAAAUGGGAUUUUUGUAAAUAAUCUAAGAUAUAACUAUAAUUAAUUAUCCAAUAAAAAAAGCACCUAUAUUUUAAAUAGUAAGUAGCAAUAAGAAGACAAAUAGUAAAAUAAAAUUGAAUCAUUUUAAAAUCUACACAAUUCUAUUAAUAAAAUAUCAAAAUCUAUUACUUAAAACAAUACUAAAGAAAUAAAAGAUGUCAAUUAAAUUAAAAUAUAUGAAGUAGGACACAAAAUGGAAAAUAUUUCUCAUAAAAGAGAAGAACAAAACGCAAAUGCUGCGGACGAAUGGAGAGAAGAUGAUGAGGAAAUGUGUGAAGAAAGUGAAGAAGACUAUGAAGAAGAUUAAGUUUAGCAUCAUAACUUCAAAGAAUUAGCAAGUAAUUAUAAGUUUAUUGAGAACAAUAACGAAAAAUAAAUGGUCUGGGUUUAAAAUGACAGAAAACUGUAAGUUGAGAUAUUAAAAACCUUAUUGUAAGACUAUUCUAAAGUUCUUAUUGCUGAUGACUCUCCAUUUAACAUUUUCUGUUUGAAACAAAUUUUAACUAAGAACAUUAAUCUUAACAUUUUUGAUGCUUAUAAUGGUAAUGAAGCUUUAAAUUCAUACAAAUAAAAUCGGUAGCAAAUCAUAUUUAUGGAUCUCAAUAUGCCAGUUUUAGACGGCUACGAAUGUCUGAAGUGCAUUAGAUAAUAUGAAGAAGAAAAUCAUAUAGAGGAGAAAACAAAAGUUAUUGUAAUUAGUGCCCAAGAAUAUGAACCAUUUUUUAGUAAUUUUGAUGGAUAUUUAAGUAAGCCAAUCAAACUAAUUGAUAUGAUAAAUUUAUUGUAAAUAUUUAGAUAAAACCAAACUAAUAUAUCUUCUUCUUAACCUUAAAUUUGA